AUGGAAUAUUAUUCGUCUCUUGACGCUUCACAGCUAGAUUCAGAGACUCCAACUUUGUUUGAAAUUAUAUCUUCCAAUCAAUUGGAGUCGCUUUUAUCUCCUUCUUUGAGGUAUAUUCUUGUUCAUUAUGCUUCGAGGUAUCCAUAUUACCUACUCAAAGUAGUGAAUAAUUUUGAUGAAAUCAAUCUAUUUUUCAGAUCAUUCAUUGAAUGGUACUUCAUGAAAUAUUGGCAUGGUUCUUUUACUGAAAAUUUCUACGGUUUAAAACGGGUGAACAAGACUCCAAUCAAGACCAGUAAAUUGAUUCAAUUAUCACCACUGAUGUUAGAAGACAGACGGAAACUUUCCAACAUACAGAUAUGGGUGUCAAUACUCGAAGUUACAGGGACUUCUUACAUCAGUGAGAAGUUGAACUACUGGUAUGAAUUAUUACACCCCAAGUUCAUCACCAAUCAAUUGAAUAUAACAGAUGAUAUGGACCAAUACGAAAAGAUAAGAAUGAAAAUAAGAAUUUGGUUCGUCAAGAUAUUCCCAUACAUUCAAAGUGUAGUGAAGCUAGGUAAUUUCAUUGCCUUAUUGAGUUAUUUGAAUGGAUCCAAGUCCCCUUCAUUAUUAACUUUCUUAUUCGGAAUAAACUAUUCUCGUUUGAAUCAACAUGAUUAUCAAGAACACGAUAACUUGAAAGCUCCCCAUGAGAAACCCACCAGAGUAAAUCCUCCUACCAGUCAAGAGUUGAUUUUGAAAUACUUGAUGAAAUAUUUUUCAAGGCCAAUAUUGAGAUCUUUGAAAUUGAUAUUGGGAACAUUCUUCCCAGUGGCUAUAUUUUCAUUGAAGUUCUUAGAAUGGUGGAAUGGCAGUGAAUUCAGCCAACAAUUGAAAAAAUCAGAUCAUUUAGAUAAAGUCUUACCACCUCCCAACACUGUGGUUCCCAUAACUUCCUUAUCUGAUGAGAAAACGGUAAAAAAAGUUUAUAAAUCAGGAGAUAAAUGUCCUUUAUGUCACGAAGAGAUCAAUAACCCAGCUGUAAUCGAAACUGGGUAUGUGUUUUGUUACACUUGUAUUUAUAAUUAUUUAUCAAAUUCCCACAAGAUUAUAGGCGAAAGAGCCAAAGCUAGAAGAAAUGCUUUGAGUGAUAGUGAAGAUGAUGAUAGUGAGGAAGAGGCAGAAGGUGACAAUUCAGAAAAAGAGGGAAAGAUCAAGGAUGAAAAUAAAGGUAUAGAUAUCACCAAAGGUGGUAGAUGUCCUAUCACAGGGGUCAAGCUUUUAGGAUGUAAAUGGAACGAAUUAAAAAAUGAAUGGGAAAUCAACAACAUAAGAAAAGUCAUAUUCUAA